CUGGGUGUGAGUGAGCGCCCUCUAGUGGAGCUGCUGACACGCUGUCCUGCAGAGCUUCUGUCUGUUUCUAACCAUCAGCAUUUCAAGACGUCUAUGGUCCAACGUUGAGCAGAGACCAUGUGGUGUUUGGAGCUGCUCUUACCACUGCUGUUGAUCAUUAAUGAUGCCAGCUGCCAGUGGAACGUUUGGGUACCUCGGGACAUCUCGGCCAUGACCAACUCCUGUGUGGUCAUUCCAUGCACCUUCAUGUAUCCGUCUGGUAUCAGGCCGUACCGUGGCACUCACGGUAUCUGGUACUUUGGCCAGCCGUACCCUCAACUCUUCCCUCCCGUUGUCUUCAAAUCACGCACAGACGUUGUGCACGAGAGCUACAAGGGCCGCACCAAGCUCCUGGGUGACCUGCACCAGAGAAACUGCACUCUGCUCAUCAACAACAUUGGUACAGAGCACUCAGGGAGAUACUACUUUCGUGCUGACCUUGGUGGAGCCAACAUGUAUACGUACCCAGACUUCUCUGAGCUCAAAGUUCUGGAUCAACCCAACAUCGAUGUCCCGGAGGAGAUUGUCAGCGAUGAGAGUUUGGAGCUGACGUGCUACGCUCCAGACAACUGCCCCGACAUGACUCCAGAGAUCCAGUGGAUGUACACCGACUACCUGCCUGACCCAGAGUUCAGUGCUGACUACCUGGAGGAGAGCAACACGGCGGUACUCUCCAGCACCCUCACAUUCACGCCCAGACCCAUGCACAACGGGCAGCUCCUGGGCUGCAGGGUCUACUACCCCAACACCACACUGGUCUAUGAGAGGCUCAUCUCUCUGGACGUCAAGUAUGCUCCACGUUCUGUUUGGGUGAACGUGUCCUCUGAAGUGAUGGAGGGCAGCUCUGUGAUGCUGCACUGCGAGGUGGACAGUAACCCUCCUCCCAGGAUCUCCUGGAUGUUCGGAGACCAGGAGCUGUUGUGGGACACGGCGUCCAACGUCUCCCUCUCCCUGGACGAUGUGACGCCUGCGCAGGAGGGAAUCUACACCUGCGUUGGGGACAAUGGCUACGGCACCAUGAACACUUCACUGUACCUGGCUGUCAAGUACCCUCCCCGCGAGCCCCUUGUAAACGACUCUAUGACGGUACUAGAGGGAUCCUCGCUGGCCCUGCACUGUAGCACCCAGGGCAGCCCCCCAACCCUCACCUGGCUGAAGGACGAGCUGGUGGGGACCAUCACCGCCGACGAGCUGUCAGUGUUGGAGAUCGUAGAGAUCACACCGCAGGGAGACGGGCAGUACCGCUGCCUGGCCGAGAACGAGCACGGAAGAGCCAGUAGCUCCUUCAACAUCACUGUUGAGUAUGCCCCGGUCCUUCUGGAUGAGUCAAAGUGCACAGUGGUGAGGGAGGGUGUCCAGUGUGUCUGCAUCGCCACAGGAAACCCAGAACCCACCAUCGAGUUCUACCUGCCCGACCUGAACAUCACCAUCAAUGAAACAGACGGCCGGUACAACUUCUACACGCACACAGACGGACACACUUCCACGGGUAUGAUCAAGCUGCGGGAGAAAGGUGAGAGGGUCGACAACGGCGGCCCUGCCGUCAACGUCCACUGCAGCUUCUACAACAUGUACGGGAGAGAGAGCAUACACCUGGAGCUACAGCAAGAGAAAAAGUACAUGAUGGCAGUAAUAGUUGGCACCAUUGGAGGAGUGGCGGUCAUAGCCUUCAUCAUUGCAGCAGUGCGAUAUGUUGGCCACAAUAACAAGAAAGAGAAUGGCAACCCUAGGCAGGACGUGGUCCUGGAGAACCCAGCUUUGUACUACAGCGCAGUCAAGAAGGACAAACAAAAUCUGAGGAAGAAAGUGGGAGAAGACGGGGAUUAUCAACCUGUGGGCUCUAUGGCAGGACUGGAGAGGAAAGAGCUGAAUUACGCUGCUCUGGAGUUUAUCGGGGCCAGGUCCAGGGAGGGGGCCUCAGGGAGGGGGGAUGAUGGCAGCAACUACACGGAAAUCAAAGCCAAAUGAAUCGCGAUCCUUCCCUGAUCCCUCGACUAUGCGAGACGCAGUGGCAGCCCCAACACAUGUCCUGUCUCAUAAAACUGUGUAAUAACCCUCCUUCCUCUACUGGAUUCCAUCCUGCAUAUGACUCUUUUUUUCUCAUUUCUUCAGAUUUGUCACAUAUAAUGUUGAUGCCACUACUCCCUCCCAGCCUCAAGCUGCCCCUUCUCCAUAGGACUCCCCUUCACAUGCCAUCAUUUGGGAAAACUGGUACUUUUUUGGGUCGGAGCAUGACCAACUGGACAAUGUAAAAGGAAAUGUGUUAGCCUCAGUUGUAGUACAUGGGCUCUAAAACAUGCAGUGUUAACUAGCAACCACGUUUUUUGUUGCUUUCUCCAUGUUCUCCAUUGUGAUUGUCAAUGUUAUUGUCAAAAGACAGACAUCUGAGUGCUCGCAUCCGUCAUCACUAUUUGCUCUACAUCUGUGUAUUGUAACUGUCACUGUGUCUGCUGCCAGUCGAAGCAUCAGGGCAAGGAGUAACUGCGCUUUUUGUUCCCUUAUAUUUUUGUGUGUCUAUCAGCAGAGAGCAAACCUCUCUUCUCUCCUUCCUUUGGUUAAUUACAUCCCGAAAAGAUGAGUGACUGAGGCUAGAGAUGGAAACGCAUCUCAGCAUCUUAUUUACACGUAGUUGUAUUUAAUGUGUGCUGUGACUCGGUAGCCUCAAAAAAAAAUGAAGAAAUGUCACCAUCACUUUUGAUAAUAAUUGAAGAGGUUUUGUAAAUUGAAGUGGUACACUGUCCAGUUCUGAAAAAUGCCACAACUUCUUUCCAGUAUUUUCCAGUUAACUGUAGAAUGUGUUGAGAUUUUGGGUGAAUUUCCUUCAGUGUGGCCAAAAUGUCUGUCUCAUCUUCUACUUCUUCUCCUUAAAGCAUGGGUUCUAGCUCUCUGAUUGAUCUGGAAAGUACAGACCUAAAGCACAAUAUAUUUGAGCGUGAGUGGCAGAAGUGUUCUCUCAUUUAGACAAUGUGCGUGUUUGUAUGCGUGUGUGUGUUCGAAUUGUGCUGAAAGAUCAUUGAUCACUGGGGUCUUUGGGAAGUCCGAGCAUCACUUCACUUGAGAAGUUGAUGCUUUUUUCUCACAUGGUUGCAUCAGAUGUUUGAAUGACAAAAAGUGAUGCUGACUAGCCAGCUGGUUGUGCUAUUCAAAGACAUUUGAUGAACCUGUGAUGUAAUAUCAAAGCACACUAAUCGUCUAACUUGAUAAUGAUGGUGUCAAUAAUAUAUAUAUAUAUAUUAAUAAGACGUAUAUUGAUAGGGAAUGGAUGUCAGUAUGUACAGUAAAUACCCAACAUGCACUUCAAUUAUGGAUACAAGCCAGUGUGAGAAGUACAAACAUUUUAUCUCACACAUUUAUGUCACACAUCAUUCAAAUACAUUUGACUGAACAUUGUCUUAAUAUGAGCUUGGUGAAUAGUACCAACAUCAAACUAGUGUGCACUAUAGUCAAAGUCAAAUCUGAGGCUGUGUUUACAUGCAGGCUGUGACCUUCUUAUUGACUGUAAUUGAGGCUGAUUUAAAGUACAAUACCAGCUGUGUACUUUUCUAUUAACCCUUGAAAAGGAUCUACAGCAAAAGCAAAGCUACAGGGACUGAGCUGUCCAGACUCCUCCCAACCCACUGUAUUCCACAGUACCCACAAAGCAACCAAUAGCAUCUUUUUGUUAGGCCCUCCAUGCCUGGUAUUGGCCCAUGUCUUUCAAAACCCCAUGCGCCUUUUUUGUAACUCUGUAUUUUCUCAGACUUUACCAAGCAGAGUGGCAUUAUAGGAGGACAUUAUGCAACUGUUUUCACAUUCUGAGCUGUACUGUCCAUGACAAAUACCUGACCUUUAUGCCAGUAAGUCAGUGGAGUAUCCCUUUCAUUUAUGAGAAUAGUCUCAACCCCCCAAUGAAGCCAUCACUCUGCUUCUUCCGCUUUGAAUCACAUCUUGCACGUCCCACAUCUCUAUUUCUCUCACGACUCAUCGACACACUGCAGCCUUAACUUACUAACAUGGUCUGCCAUUUUAAAUAAGACAUUUAAUCGUUUGAUUGAUAUUUUAAAUGGGUCUACUCACUUUCAUUCAAUGUAGGGAAAAUGCAAAUAGAUAAUUACUGUGUAUUGUAUAUUGGAUUGUUUUAACAAUGUAAGUCAUAAUACAGCACUUGGCGUCUAAAUGAAUCAUGCUUAGAAGAUAGUGGCUGCAGUUUGACUUUAAACAUAAAUUAAGCAACUUGUCCUCUGAUUUUCUCCUCCUAAACAGACAUUGUAACUGUGUAUUUAUUGAUUUUGAUAGUGCUCAAGUGGAAACUAAAAUCUAGCUAGAGAUGUGCAAUGAUCUCUUCUUGAAGACUUAAAUUACUUUUGAUACACAUGCUCUGACUAAGGCUUUAUAAACGUAUGUUAUAAAACAACACUGCACUGUGGCAGUCUCAUUUAAAAUGAUUGAUUAAGUUCAUCAAGGCAGCAGUGUGUCUGAGAGCUGUUUCUAAUUGGUUUUACAAUCAGCAGUACAAAACACAGCAAAGGCUUCUCACUGUGGCAACUCCAUAUAUGGGUAGACUGUUCAUGGGCAGCGAUGGCAAUAUGAAAACAAAAUUGCACUAUGAGGAGUACUUCAGUUUAAGCUGUUCA